UUGUCACAAGGUUGUUCCAGUCCAACUAUUUCCACUUGAUGUUCCAGGAACCUGAGGUAUCAAAGAGUCCAUUGAAUAUCGAGUAGAGUGAGAAUAAGAAAAACUCACUUUCACCUACAAAGAUCGUUGCAUUCUCCGCUGUGGGCAACACCAUCAAAAAUGUCGACGAGAUUCUCUGGAAUUGAGAUGGGUCCACCCAUCGAAAUUUUCGCCCUGAAUAAAAAAUUUCUGGACGAUAACUUCGAGAAGAAAGUCAAUCUAACAAUCGGAGCAUAUCGCACAAACGAGGGAAAGCCCUGGGUUCUCCCAGUAGUGAAGAAAGUUGAGAGAAAUCUCGCUGAAGAUGCACUCCAGAAUCACGAGUAUCUUCCCGUCCUCGGUCUGGACGCAUUCAGUCAGAGUGCUAUUGAGAUGCUCCUGGGCAAGAAUUCUCAAGCGAUCAUCCAGGGGCGAGCCAUAGGGGUCCAGUCCUUGUCAGGAACCGGAGCUCUCCGCGUCGGCGCCGAGUUUCUCUCCCGAAUUCUCCGUUACGACACGUUUUACUACAGCAAGCCAACCUGGGAGAAUCACAAGCUGAUAUUCACGAACGCUGGAUUCAAGAAAGGCUGUGAGUACAGGUACUGGAAUCCGGUGACCCGGAGUGUGGACAUUGAGGGAAUGCUCGAGGACCUCAGCAAUGCCCCUGAGAAUUCUGUGAUUAUUCUCCACGCUUGUGCUCACAAUCCCACGGGGUGUGAUCCGACUGCUGACCAAUGGGAGAAAAUCGCUGAUGUUGUUCAGCGAAAAAAACUUUUUACGUUCUUCGACAGUGCUUAUCAAGGAUUCGCAAGUGGUGAUUUGGAUCGUGAUGCCUAUGCAGUACGACUCUUUGUCGAACGUGGCAUUGAGUUCCUGGGGGCCCAGAGCUUUGCCAAGAACUUCGGCCUCUACAAUGAACGCGCUGGAAAUUUGGCAGUAGUAAUGAACAACGCGAAAGAGCUAGCUCAAGUCAAAUCCCAAUUGACUCUUAUUGUUCGAGGAAUGUACAGCAAUCCACCUAAUCAUGGAGCACGAAUUGUUGCUACUGUUCUGGGGAAUGCAGAUCUGUAUGAAGAAUGGAAAGAUCAUAUUCGCACAAUGGCAAAUAGAAUAAUCAAGAUGAGACAGGGAUUAUACGAGAGACUCAUAAAACUUGGAACUCCAGGAACAUGGGAGCACAUUACGAAACAAAUCGGAAUGUUUUCAUACACUGGAUUGACAGAAAUCCAAGUGGAACAUCUGAGGAACCACUACCACAUUUACAUGGCCCGAAGUGGCCGCAUAAACAUGUGCGGACUCAACGAUCACAAUAUAGAUUACGUAGCAAAUGCAAUGCAUGAAACCAUCAUCUCACUGCCAGACAAUGAGAAUAAUUAAUGACAAUUUGCCGCGGGGGAUCAAUAAUCCAUAAGGCAGGGUCAAGAUUAGGAAAUUAAUAUAUUUGUUGAUUGCUAUCUGUCCGAGAGAGAUCAUCGAUUUUUAAAAAUCUGAAUUUCUUCAGAAAACGUAUCACAAUAAUGAGUACAAAAUGGUAAACAUUGUUAGCAGAUGUACUAACUCAGUAGAAUGACCAAUAAUUUUACAAAUGUGAAUUAAACCUUGUAAUACGUGUGCCAAAGAGAAAUAGCAUGUGAAGGCAAUGUCAAAUCACCAGUAAUGAAAUUUUUGUUUAGUCUGUCUGUGAAUACUGGAUAUUGCAUUUAGAAGAAUGAACAAAUUAUCGAUGACAUUAGGAUUGUACAAUUAGUUCAUAGGUGAAUUGAAUGUUUGACAUGUUUAUUUUGAUGGAAUAUGUUACCAUUGUAAAAUAAAAAUUUCGUUUAAU